GUUAAAAAGGCGUGCUAGCACGUACUGUAAAUGUUGUCGAUUCCAGAAUCAGUCCAGAUAUCAUUAUUACCGUACAUCCAAAAAUAUUUCCCCAUUUCUGAGUUUCUGUUUGUUUGGUUUUGAGGUUAUUCUUCUCUCCCUCAUUAUGGCUGGUAGAGCUGUAUCAUUGUUCACAAAGACCGUGCUCAAUGCAACAGCGAGGAAUUCAGUGCUAAAGUUGACAGGCUGCCAGGCUCCUCGACUGGGCAUUCAGCAGCAGCGAUGGCAAACUGCCCCUGCUGCCAAUCCUGCACCUGGCGCAGGCCCCACCACAGCUCCUCCGCAUGCUCCCACUGUUGCCAAACACGAUAAGGCCUUGAAGGAACGACUGACAGAGUUCGGGCAGUUUGUCGCGCAGUGCUUGCCCAAGUAUGUGCAGAAGGUUUUGGUUACUGGCACGGAUGAACUCGAGGUGUUGAUUGCUCCAGAAGGUGUUCUUCCCGUGAUGUUGUUUCUGAAAAACCAUCACUUGUGUAUGUUUUGGAAUUUAGUGGAUCUUGCUGUAAUGGAUGUGCCCACAAGAAAGUACCGCUUUGAGAUCAUUUACAAUUUUUUGUCGCUACAAUACAACUCUCGCAUCCGCGUGAAGACUUACACCGACGAAAUGACGCCGAUUGAUUCCCUUUGUCCCAUUUUUCCGGCGGCCAACUGGUACGAACGCGAAGCCUGGGACAUGUUCGGAGUGUUUUUCCAUAAUCAUCCCGAUCUGCGACGAAUAUUGACGGAUUACGGGUUCGAAGGCCACCCUUUCCGAAAGGAUUUCCCAUUAUCCGGAUAUGUUGAGUUGAGAUACGAUGACGAAGCGACGCGAGUGGUGGUGGAGCCUUUGGAACUCACUCAGGAAUACCGGAAGUUCGACCUGCCCAGUCCAUGGGAAGUGUUUCCUGAAUUCAGGGAAUCAAUGGAAGUUCCACUGCACUCUGGCAAACCGGAAGAUAAACCGCAAGUGACGCCUGGACUUCCGCAGCAACCAACGGCUAAUACACCACCAAAGAAGUAACAGCGUUUUAGAGGGUUAUCAUAGCUAUUGUUUUAUUGUUUAUCAUAACUUUGCCACCAAGAUUUUAAUGUAAAUAUUAAAUUGCUUUGGAAGAACCUUCCAAACUAGUGUAUUUACGCAACUUUAAACAGUAGGGUUUAACAGGCAGAAAUAAAAGUUACAAAUUUCGUCUG